AUGGCGGGCUACGCGCCGCGCCUGCCCUGGCUGCUGCCGCUGCUGCGGCGGGCGACGCCGCCCCCCUGGGCUCGGGCCGCCGGCGGGGUCGCCGGCCUCCGCGCUCCGCCGCGCCCGGCCAGCAGGUGCGGGACGCCCCCCCCGCUGCUGCUACUGCCGCCGCCGAGCGCGCCGUGCUGCAGCCGCCGCCGCCUCCUCCUCCCGCCCGCGGCGGCAGGCAGCGCCCCGCGCUCCCUGAGCGCCGCUGCGGGCGCGGAGCCACCGGCGCCGCCGCGGGGGGCUGCCGGCGCCCCGCCGCGCCUCGAGGGUCGGAGGCUGCUGGCCCUGGCGCACCCCGAGCGCUGGAGACUGACAGCUGCUGUUGGCUUUCUGACAAUUUCCAGUGUCAUUACCAUGUCAGCCCCUUUCUUUCUGGGUAAAGUUAUUGAUGUUAUUUAUACAAAUCCCAGCGAAGAUUUUACUGACAGCCUGACCAGCCUGUGUGCCUUGCUGAGUGGAAUCUUUCUAUGUGGUGCUGCUGCUAAUGCUAUUCGUGUCUACCUCAUGCAGACUGCAGGACAAAGAAUUGUGAAACGUUUGAGAACAACCAUGUUUUCCUCUAUUCUGAAGCAAGAAACUGCCUUCUUUGACAAGACCAGAACAGGAGAGCUGAUAAACCGCUUAUCUUCAGAUACAGCCCUCUUGGGCCGUUCAGUGACUGAAAACCUUUCAGAUGGGCUCAGGGCAGGAGCACAGGCAUCUGUGGGGGUUGGAAUGAUGUUUUUUGUGUCACCUAGCCUUGCUGCAUUUGUUCUCAGCAUUGUGCCACCCUUGGCUGUUCUGGCUGUGAUUUAUGGAAGAUACUUGCGAAAACUUACUAAAAAGACCCAAGAUGCUCUUGCAGAAGCAACACAGUUAGCUGAUGAGCGUAUUGGAAAUAUAAGAACAGUUCGAGCUUUUGGGCAAGAAGUGGCUGAAAUGGAGAAGUACACAAAUAAAGUUGAUUAUGUGCUACAGCUGGCUAAAAAAGAGGCACUAGCUCGGGCAGGCUUCUUUGGAGCAACUGGCCUUUCUGGAAACUUAAUUGUCCUCUCAGUCUUAUACAAAGGAGGAUUACUAAUGGGCAGUGCCUACAUGACAGUUGGUGAACUCUCAUCUUUCCUAAUGUAUGCUUUCUGGGUUGGAAUAAGCAUUGGAGGUCUAAGUUCCUUUUAUUCCGAACUAAUGAAAGGACUAGGUGCUGGUGGACGCCUAUGGGAACUUAUUGAAAGGAAGCCCCAACUUCCAUUUAAUGAGGGAAUCGCAUUAGGCAAAGAUACAUUCAGAGGUGCUUUGGAAUUCAAGGACAUUGAGUUUGCAUAUCCAACACGUCCAGAAAUAUCAAUUUUCAAAGAUUUUAGCCUUUCCAUUCCAGCUGGCUCUGUUAUGGCUCUGGUUGGCCCAAGUGGUACAGGGAAAUCGACUAUUGUAUCCCUUCUGCUGAGGCUGUAUGAUCCUAUCUCAGGUACUAUCACUGUUGAUGGCUUUGAUAUCCGUCAGUUAAAUCCACUGUGGUUCAGAAAAAAGAUUGGAACAGUGAGUCAGGAACCAAUUCUGUUCUCCUGUUCUAUUGCUGAAAAUAUUGCCUAUGGUGCAGAGGAUCCUUCUACUGUGACUGCAGAGGAGAUUCAGAAAGUUGCUGAAAUAGCUAAUGCUGCUAGCUUUAUCAGAGAUUUUCCAAAAGGGUUCGACACUGUAGUUGGAGAAAAAGGCAUUCUGCUUUCAGGUGGACAGAAGCAACGAAUUGCAAUUGCUCGAGCUCUGCUCAAGAAUCCUAAAAUCCUUCUGUUAGAUGAAGCAACAAGUGCUUUGGAUGCUGAAAAUGAGUAUCUAGUGCAAGAAGCUCUGGACCGGCUGAUGGAAGGGAGGACAGUCCUAAUUAUUGCUCAUCGUCUGUCUACUAUUCAGAAUGCUGAUUUUGUUGCAGUCCUUGGCCAGGGUAAAAUUCUUGAAUGUGGAAAACAUGAGGAACUACUUGCAAAUCCAAAUGGACUUUUCAGGAAACUAAUGCAGAAACAAGCUUUUCUUCAGAAUAGUGAUAUUUUUGCAUUAGAUUUACAAUCCAGAGAAAAGGAUGUAUUAAAAGAAAAUGUAUGAGAGAAUGUCUGAAUAAUGGAAGCUUCCAAACUACAAAGAAUAUAACUUAUGUUUCAGUUAUGUAAAGUAAAUGUUAUAUUUUUCAAAAAUGUACAAAAGAUUCUUUUGAGACUUAAAUGUGUUUAAGCUUUUUAUUGAAAGCUUUUUAAUAAUUAUUGCAACUUUUUAAAAUGUCUAUCACAUUGAUAUAAUUUCAGUGUAUAGAUUUUUCUGCUUUGUGUUAAUUGAGACCGUUUAGAAUCUUGUUUGCUGUAAUGCACUGUAUGACGAUGUGCUGCAUUCUCAAGUAAGUUCAGUAUUUUAAGGGUAAUUAAAUGACAAUCUUAUAAUUUUCA